GCAUUUCCAGAAAAUAAGAGGAGGAGAAGGGAUGUGCGAGUAUUGCAACUGACACUGGUGUUUGUAGCAUGGUUUAUUAGCGCAUCACAAAAAUGUUGUGAAUAUUAUCUCGUGAACAUAUUUAUAUGGCUAUUAUGUAGCUCACUACGGUUUAGUGGGCAAAGAAUUUUAAUAAGAUUCAUAGGUGAUAGAUUCGUUCGUACAGUAUAAAAGAGCUGUGCUACCUUGUGAAGUUACUGAAGGAGAGAACUCUGGCUACUGCUUUUGUGGAUGAUGAUUGCUUCACUCAAGUGACUAAAUGCCCGCAUAACACAGUCUUCGUCAUCGUCUUAACAAAUAAUUCACUCCUUUAUUAGCUUAGCUACAUCAGUUCCCAAUGGCGUGGUUUGCACUUGGUGCUGCAGCGGCAGGAGUAUUUCUCCCUGGUAUUAUUACUGGUCUCGUGAGACAUGAAACAGUGCCAUGCUAUAAAUGUAAGGUGGAGCUUCUCAAAACUAGUAACCACCAGACAGAAGAAAAGAACCUGGCUGGUGAAACUGUCACUGUGACCACUUACCACAGUGAGGAUGGAGAAGUGUACUACUACACCAAGAAGGUUGGCUCAAGUCUUCUGAGUUUUCUUAGUGAGAGUCAAUACAUCUGUUCCGAUUGUUUCUUGGAGGUAUUAUGGAUUUUGCAAAUGCGCUUGUUUGAUUCCUCGAUUCUGAACGGCAAAAGUAAGCGAUUGCAGUUUCUAGAAUGGAUGUAUGAGUUCCGCGGGGGAUUUAUAGCACACACUGAGCCAUACUACCAACUUGCUUCUUUCACUGGUGGUAUAAAUAGUUUGUCACCCAGCGUGAGCUCUGAAAGCGACCCAGAAUCUUUUUCUAUGUUGCCUGUCCUUCCCCUUUCAAGGCAAGAAUUAACGUAUUCAAAUUCAGGUAGUGACUCAAGCUCCGAAGAUGACGAAGAAGAACAUGUUGAAGUUCAAUAUGGUGGUGCAUGGAAAUCUUUUAGUUCUGUUUUAGAUGAGGUUAUUAAGCUACAUUCAUCAGGGUAUGUGACCGCUGAUGGAGAUUUGCAGAGUGCAUAUCAAGCCUGUUUUAUUUCGUGUUACGCUGCUGCCUACGACCUUGAUGAUUGUCAGAUAGAGGUUCUACUUGAAGAGGUAAACUACAUAGGAUGUGGCCUCAGCAGUUUUGAUUUCUUCAAGCUUACAAAAGCAAUGGGCAUAAUGUGCAAAAAUGUCUUUAGCUCGCCAAAAUUGAUAUCCUUUAAUGAUGUGAGCCAAUUCUAUUUCGACUUGAUCAGAGCUAGUGAUCUGGGUGGUUGUUAUGCUACCACUAAUAUCUGCCUCAGGGAGUUUCUUAAACGUGGUUCAACAGUUAUGUGUAGCGAAGAGCUCCAAACACUGAUUGUAGAAACCCUGGUGUCUUCACCCUGGACUUCUGAAGAAGUUUUAAAACUAUUUUUCACCAUAUCCCAUGAUCUUCAAUCGUUUGGUGAGAUCUUGCAGUUAGUUAAAAGAUACCAAAUCCCAUUUGGUGAUAUUGAACUGAAACAGGAACCUAAAUAUUUGCUUAAAACCCUUGAGAGAAAGUACGACUCGGACACCAGCAAACGCCUUAAAGAAGUUAUGGACAAUCUCUCCAAGUCUGAGCUACUUGACCACAACACUCUUCUUCUCACAGGAAAGAUUGUCAGAAAAGUGCUUGAAACCCCUUUGACACUAACCGGAAAUGAUGCUGUACGCAUUCUCGAGAAUGAAGAGUCUGAUUUAGAACAAAGGAUUGAAGCGAAUGCUGCAGUAAUUGGCAUAGUCUAUCAUAGUGUGUGUUUCAUAAUAGGAAAAAAACCCACUGUAACACAACUUGUAUCUGUUUGUAUCCUCCUUGUCUCUCACCAAGAGAAGGUCAAGCGACUUCUUGAAGUGCUUACAGGUGAGGGUAAGUCUCUUAUCAUAGCUAUGUUUGCUGCUGCACUUGCCUUGCUGGAUAAGAAAGUCGAUAUCUUAACAAGCACACCAGACCUAGCCCAGAGAGAUGUGGAAAUUUUCCAGAAAUUUUAUCAAUUCCUAGGAUUAACAGUUUCCCACAACACGGAAACUGAGGAGAUACUUGACAUGCGGCCAGCAGAAGCAGACAAAGAGCGACUUGCGAUUUACAGAAGUGACAUUGUCUAUGGAACUGUGAACGACUUCUCAGGUGACCUUCUCCGUCAAGAAUUUGAAAUGAGAAAUGUUCGUGGGUAUAGGAAGAUGGACGUAGCGAUUGUUGAUGAAAUGGACAUGCUUAUG